AGCAUAUUAGCUGCCUAACCUAAGUAGCAGAGGACACUAGAAUACUGCAGAUCUUCUUCGUCGCCUUUUCCUUCUUGUCUUUUAUUAGAUUGAUGUAGUCGUAGUUUUAUUGAGAACAUCUUCAAUUUCAAAAGUAACAAACCAUCAUGGCUGAAGCUGCACCAACAGCCGAACAAGCCCUGCCCAAAAAUGAGGUGGUGGUUGUGGGUGGUGGCCUUGUCGGUUGCCUCUGCGCAGUCUUGCUUCAGAGGUCAAAACGAUUCAAAGUCACCAUUUACGAGCGCUAUUCUGAUAUGCGAAAUAUUCCGAGCUUGGGACGCAGUAUUAAUCUGGUCAUGUUAAGGCUAAGGGUUUGUGUGGGUCUAUGUAAAAAGAAAUAGGACAACAAUAUUACUUCAUUUGAACAAGAUGAAGAAGAAGAAGCAGAAGAAGGGAAAGGCGUUUUCUCACUUCAGUCUUUUCUUCUAAGAGUAACGCGUCGAGGUCUGAAAGCUGCGGAACUGUUGCAAAUCAAGGAGGAGCUAUGCGCGCUGAGCGUGAAGGUCCUCGGUCGUUCGAUGUGGUUGCAGAAGUCAGUUUUGCCUGAGAACAGCAACAGUUCUGCGCCAGAGGACACAUCCUCGGCACCCGAAGACGGCAAACCAAAAGCAGAGAUAACUCACACCCAGGUAUUCCAGAAAUACGGUAGGGAGGAGGACUGCAACUACAGCGUUUCGCGCUACGAGUUGAACUGUUUUCUGCUCAGGGAAGCAGAGCGAUUGGGCGUAACAGUAAAUUAUGGCCCUAUUAAUAUUAUGCAAUUUCAAUUAUGAUUGAAGAUGUAUCAUGUUACCGUUGUGCUCCGCUGCCUCUGCUGCCCACGAAGGAGAGUGUGAGUGUCUGUGUGACCGCUAUCUCAGCGUCUAAAUGGGUGCUUUUUCCCGCACAGUAAAAGAGCACUCUAUCUCUAAAACGCUUUUGGGCAUCGUCUCAAGAAAGCGGACUUCACGACAGACGAAGGUAAAACGACUUUGGUGUUUGAGGUAGACGUUGCGAAGAACGGAACAAGCGAGGAUCUUCGGCAAGAAACGGCCGCCGAUGCGAAGGCUCCCACCACAACAACUGAAUUGAAAAUUAUGAAAGAGACGGAUACACUGAGAGAAGGUUAGCCUAUUUAAGGUGACGAAAGAGAAAGACGUAUUUAUAAGGGUGCCAAUCUCUACUCUUGGGCUACUUAGGUUCUUUAAAGUAAAGGCUAAGGAGGUCUUUCGAUUAUAUUUUUUAGCAUGCUACUUUCUUGACUGACCUUCCGGUGCGUAUGACUUGCGUUUUCGGACACUUCCUCUUUGGUAACUAGAGUGAUGUCACUUAGAGCCUAGUCCCGCUCACUUUCAUUGAGGCAGUGAAUCUGGGAGCCAAUGUGCCGGUGUUUGGUUGCGAUGGUGGGCCAAGUGGCGUUCGCUACAGUUUUUAUGCUCGAGAGUCUUUAUGUGCACACUGUCGUGGAUAGUAUUUGUUUGGCAGAAGCCUACUUGUUUCAAGAAGAUCAAAAAGCGACCAGAUCGAUUCAUAUGCUUGCCCAGUGCAGCCUCCCAAGGGACGGCAUUGAGGUUGGUUUACAUUUGUCCAAUUUUGAUAGUAUUCGCAAGAUGAUACAUUUUUGAAGAGCCCGUCGCCCCAUAAAGUUAAAAGAGUAAACUACAACCAAUACCACUACCACUUCAUACAUAGAAGGAGCAAGGGUUCCUCACGUUCACCGAGGAGAUCUUGGGCCAGAGCUAUCGGGAAAUCAUGUUCCCGAAAGCCAAGGCAGGCGGUUACUGUAUGGAGGCUUCUGCUCUUCACAUUUGGCCACGGCGGACGCAUAUGCUUAUGGGUAAAUAAGUAGGCCUUUUCAGACUCUCAUUCUUUUGCUUCUAUUAACUUAAUUGGACAGUCGUGGUUCGGUUUCUUUGUGAUUGAUUUUUUUCGUGAUUUUCAUUCGCAACUAAUGAACUCCUCUACUGACAUUCACCAGGCCUCGCAGAUCGCGGCGGUACGUUUACCGGCACGCUCUAUGUUGACAAUGAUGCAUGGCCAAAAACGAAGGAGGAAGCAGAAAAGUUCUUCGAUGAGAAUUACAGUACCGCAGUGCCACUAGCUGGGGGAAUGGACUCAUGCUGUGAGCAGUUGCUCCAGAAGCCUCCCGGCUUACUCGGAACAGUCAGAACAAGCAAAUUCAACCUGGACGGUCGCUGUGUAUUGGUUGGAGAUAGCGCACACGCGAUUGUCCCUUUUUUCGGACAGGGUUGCAACUGCGGUUUCGAAGACUGCGUCAUAUUGGAUCAAAUAAUGCAGGAAAAGCUUCCCGCAGAAGCAGAUUAUGGCGAACAUCUUCAAUAGAUCUCUGUUACUACUUUAGACGUUUUGAUCAUUCUUUCAUCUCUAGCUUUUGAUAACUAGCAAGAGUAAGUUACGUCAGCAGCCUCGCUGUGAAGCCAAGCACCCUCCAUUACAGAUUGGGAGCCCCUGGUCUCCUCAGUUGUGGUGGGAUGUUGAUGUCCUUGAAAAUUUUUGAUCUUUCUCUUUCAUUUUAUCGCGGAGAUCACCUUCAAGGACUGGCAAAAGAUAUUCGAAGCAUUCCAUGAGCAACGAAAGCCGAGCGCUGAUGCCAUUGCGAAUCUUGCGCUAGAAAAUUUCGUCGAAAUGCGCGAAUUAGUGGGCGAUAUCCAGUUUCUCAAGGCAAAGCAUGUCGAAAAAACACUGGAAAUGAAAUUAUGCUGGAUUGAUUUUCGACCUAGCUCUAGGAGAGUGCAAACUUCAUCCAACGCCGUUUUGAUCUUGUUAGUGUUUCUUCGAAAACAAUGUUGUUCCUUCUAAGAAAAAUACCGGAACAGUUUCGAUCGCGGUAUUCGUUGGUUUGCUAUGGAUCAGCCACGCGAGGAAAUCUUACCUAUGCGAAUGCAUAUGCGUUGGGCACGACUAUAAAAGAAGUCAUAGGCGAAAUCGUGGACAAGGUAUCGGACUAUUUUCUUCUAGUUAUUGUACCAAAUAGAUUCACGACCUAAUCAAUGUAGGUUUAGUUUGCUUAUGCAUCUAAAAAAGAGGAACCAUCAGCACGAAUGAAGAUCAAAUAUAUCCUCCAAUGAAAAGGUCGAAGCAGAGCAAGGGUCGGCUUAUGUCUAUGAUGGUGAGCCGCCAGAGACUCAAACGGCUUUGGUGUUGAAAUAUGGCGAGCCUCUUGUGCAGGAGAAAGUAAAACCGCGGUUGGUCCAGCUUGGGAUGGACUUGUCUCAGAUAUACGCCUGACCUCGGAUGUCGUGUAAAAAACAGUGGUAGAUUGACUACGUGCCGAUACUCAUAUGUGUGGUACUUGAGCUUGACGACCUCGAAGGUCGUGUAAAGAUCGACACGAUGUAGAGACAGCUCUAGUGUGCAGAUAAUAGUGUCUGUGAAAGUGUGUUUUCAUGACUCGAGUCAAGCGGCCAGGAGGUAUUGAUAGUAUAGGUUUACUCGAUUUGUUUCUUCAUCGUAAACGGUUUUUGUCGCUGAGACUGUGUCAUCCAAUUGCGUAGAGCUAUUUUCCCGUCCCCAAUUUCAAGAGGUAUUUCGUCUAAAAAACAAGGUAUUUUGUAGUUCGCUAAAAUAGGUGGUGCAUCAAUGGUCACUCAAUAAUCCAUGUUAUCAGAACAAGACACCAUACCGUAAAUGAAAUCGCAUUGCGAAGCAAAAAACUGUGGUGGAUUUGUACCACGUGCAUCAAAAUUCCUCGUCUGAGCUUCAAUGCGUCACUAAGUAAUUGAGGACGCUAUGUGGUUGUAAGUCUAGAUCGCAGAAGAUUUUUUAAAACAAAAAUUCAUUUUGACCUUGGAUACACAAGCAAUUUCGCGUUACUG